UAGAUGUGAGCCCCCUGCAUUGCAGGGAAUCUGAAAAAUAGGCCACACUGUACUAUUCAAAUAAGCACGACUUGUUCAAUUCUAGUCUGAUGGGACAAACUUUAGCUUCACUUAUUCUCUUUCAGACAUUUCUUUUUUUGGGUAUAAUUCAGAGUAUCCUCAAGCCACUUUGGACUUAAGACUAAUCUCUGUUGGGCCGGGAGUGCUAAGCUUAAAGCCUUCCCAAUAAGUGCACUUGCUGAGAUUCGAACUUGUGUUCUUUUCUUUACGGGAGGUGAGACAGUUUACCAUCUCAACCAACAGUUUGUUGGUCUUAUUCAGGCAUUUUGAGAAGCUGAGAGUUUCUCCAUCAUGUAUCUUUUUUUCCCCCCUCUUCUUUGGAUACAAAGAUGAGGCUAAAAGCUCAGGAAGAUGUAUCAUGUAUCUUUAACGUAAAGGGGUUAAAAAAACGGUUGAGCUUAAAGCAGUUUUAUUGUUGCCUGAUCAUUCUAAAGUGCAUAGGGGGAUGUAUCGGGUUGCUUGUGUUAAGACUUGAGACUUUAUAUAGAUAUCUUCCUCUUGAUUUGGAUAAUUGGCAGAAUUCUGUGUGCACUUGCUUUGGGGUCGGGUUAAUGGCUGCACACAUUGGAGUCAUAUCCCCUUCUACCUUCUUCCCUUCACUCCGUUGCCUUCCUCAUCACUAUAUAACCAAAACCAAACCUUUGAUUUUGGCUAGUAUGAGCAAUGAUCCAAUACGUGAGUGGAUUCUUUCUGAAGGAAAAGCCACACAGAUAACCAGAAUCAAUCCUAUUGGUGGAGGUUGUAUCAAUCUUGCUAGUCGCUAUGACACUGAUGCUGGCUCUUUUUUUGUUAAAACAAACAGGAGUAUUGGACCAUCAAUGUUUGAAGGAGAGGCUCUUGGUUUAGGAGCAAUGUAUGAAACCAAGACCAUUCGUGUGCCUCAACCAUUUAAGGUUGGAUCAUUGCCCACCGGUGGUUCUUUCAUCAUUAUGGAAUUCAUUGAAUUUGGAGCUUCUAGAGGAAAUCAGUCUGAUCUAGGGAGGAAGCUUGCUGAAAUGCAUAAAGUAGGAAAAUCCAGUAAAGGUUUUGGUUUUGAUGUUGAUAACACCAUUGGCAGCACCCCACAGAUAAACACCUGGUCAUCAGAUUGGAUUCAGUUUUAUGGUGAGCAUAGAUUGGGUUAUCAACUUAAGUUAGCACUGGACCAGUACGGUGACAGAACUAUAUAUGACAAGGGGCAAAGAUUGGUAAAAAGUAUGGGGCCCCUUUUCGACAAUGUGGCAAUAGAGCCAUGCUUGCUACAUGGAGACCUCUGGAGUGGAAAUAUCUUCUCUGACAAGAACGGGGAGCCUGUUAUAUUGGACCCAGCAUGUUAUUAUGGACACAAUGAGGCGGAAUUCGGAAUGUCCUGGUGUGCUGGCUUUGGAGGAUCAUUCUAUAAUUCGUAUUUUGAGGUGAUGCCCAAACAGCCAGGAUUUGAGAAGAGGAGAGAUCUUUACAUGCUGUAUCACUACUUAAAUCAUUAUAACCUCUUUGGUUCCGGCUACCGGUCAUCAGCCAUGUCCAUAAUAGAUGAUUACCUGGCCAUGCUGAAAGCUUAGUACAUUGUUGAUAAUAAGCUAGCAUGUAGAGAAUGAGGUUCUUGUCCUGCACAUAUUGCCAUGCGGCUCAGGCUUAUCAUUGCGUUCUGCUAAUUUCGGUAGCGUUGUCUCCUCCAUUUAUGUAGCUACAGUUUCGGGUAAGCUUCAUGUUUUAUUCUUGAAUGGGGGAGUCUGGUUUGGGAUAAUGUUUCUCUCGCGUGUCUAUAUAUAUUAUAUAUAUACAUGUAUAUCGUCUGGCACCGUGAACAUUUCGACGUGAUCCCUCUUGUUGUA